AUGUCUCAAAAAAAUUCUCAUCAUUACUUAUCUUGCACAAUAUAUAUCUUUGCAUUAAUCGGAUUUCUGUCCAUUUUACAAUAUCUAUAUGAAAAUGGUCGAAGUUUUCUACCAAUAGUGAUACCUGUUUAUACUCAUAGACUUGCCGAUCGUUUUCUCGAAAAAGUAAGUUUUCCAACGGAAAAUUUGUUUCUUGAACAUGUCAAGCAAUGUCCCGAAUGUUUGCUAUUUCUAUUUACCAACGAAACAUCAGGAGAAAAACAUGAAUUAUUCGGUGUACUUAAUCGAAUUCCCAAAAACUCACGUGCGAUAUUUUACCCAUUAACCAUGAAACUUUAUUAUAAUCAACCUAUACGAUUCUAUACGAUCUUAGCUGAGAAUCAAACGGAAACUAUUAUUCGUAAACAAAAAUUUUGGGUUGAACAAAUAAAACAAUUCGAUGAACAAAUCGAUCCCAAUUCCGUUCUUUAUACAAUUCUUGAAUCAUUACAAAAACCGAUUGAAACAACACUCGCUCAUCAGUCAUGGUCAAACCAAACGAAAUUAAUUCUUUACUACACAAAGUUUUUCGGUAAUGAUUAUUGGUACAACAAAAACCACGCUGAAGUUUACGCGAAUGAUUUCAAUCUCAAUAACUGUCCUCUAUCUGUGAAUGCAUGUCGCAUAACUACAGAUCAGAAACUAUUUUCUGAGAGUGAUGCCUCGUUGAUUCAUCUUCGUGAAUCAGUCAAUUUGAGAAAACUGGCUGAUCUACCUCGACGCUCGCAUCAACGUUUGGUUUUCUUCUUAAAAGAAUCACCUGUACAUUCACCAAGUUUCUCUUCGAAAGAACAUGGCGGAAUAUUUAAUUAUACUCAAACAUACCGUCCGGAUUCCGAUGUCACCUCAACAACCUUGAGAAACUUAUUUUGGCUAUUCGAUUAUAAAAUUUACCCAGACUACGAUUUCCAAUCGAUUCUGAAAACGAAAAAACCACAGAAACUUCUCGUCGCUAUCAUUUCUAACUGUGGCGGAACGAGUAGUCGGUUGAAGUACAUCAAAGAACUGCAACAACAUAUCUCUGUUGACGUCUUUGGGAAAUGCGGUAAAACAUGUCCACAUGUAUCCGAUUGUCGACAAUAUGCUUAUUCCGCCUAUAAAUUUUAUCUAUCUUUUGAGAAUAGUCUCUGUGAUGAAUAUGUCACAGAAAAAUUCUUCUUUGCAUUACAAAGUGCACAAAUUGUACCCGUUGUUCUUGGCUGGGCACGUUAUGAUCAUUAUAUGCCAUCGACUGGUUAUAUUGACGUACGAAACUUUUCUUCCGCGCGCGAAUUAGCAAAGUAUAUCGAUUAUUUGGAUAAGAAUAACACCGCUUAUUUAGAAUAUUUCCAAUGGCGACAAUAUGCUCUACAUGUUAAAAUUCCGAAGUACAUGUGCGAACUUUGUUUGAAAUUAUUUCUCGAUGAUCGAGAUCAUAAACAACAAUUACUUGAACGCAUUGGUGAAUAUUGGAAUUCGAAGAGUCAAUGUCAUAGAUAUGAGAAAAAUCAGAAUGAUAACUGGAUAAUGUCGUAA